UCUUUCCCUCCCUCUCUCCCUCUCUCCGGCAGGGGCGGGCCGUACAGGGUAUAAAAGCUGCCGGCGCGGAGCCCAAGCCAGCUCUGGGGUUGCCCUGGGUGGGACGUGUCCUGUCCUGAGUCUCACCACCAAGCAAAGGCCACCGCAACAGCCCUUUUGACUAGAAGACUCAGCCUCCGGUGAUCCAACCAAAGCAUCUAAGGGGACGCCACCCGCACCUCUACCAUGCCCAACUUCUCUGGCAACUGGAAGAUUAUCCGAUCGGAAAACUUUGAGGAUUUGCUCAAAGUGCUGGGGGUGAAUGUGAUGCUGAGGAAAAUCGCUGUGGCCGCGGCUUCCAAGCCAGCAGUGGAGAUCAAACAAGAGGGAGACACAUUCUACAUCAAGACCUCCACCACAGUGCGGACCACGGAGGUCAACUUCAAGGUCGGGGAAGAGUUUGAGGAGCAGACUGUGGACGGCAGACCCUGUAAGAGCCUGGUGAAGUGGGAGAGCGAAAACAAAAUGGUCUGCGAGCAGAGGCUUUUGAAGGGAGACGGCCCCAAGACCUCCUGGACCAGGGAGCUGACCAACGACGGGGAGCUGGUCCUGACCAUGACAGCUGAUGAUAUCGUGUGCACCAGGGUCUACGUCCGAGAGUGAGCAGCUGGCUGUGGGUCCAGGAGCUGCCAGAGCCAGCCCCCAGCACCACCAGCCGCCCCCCUCAACUUGCCCUGCCUCACUGCCGCCCCCCCCCGCCCCCCCCCAGGGCUGCCCCUCCCCCUUUCCUCCUAGGCUAGCUCUCCCCUCCCCCUGCUCACUUCUGGGGAUGCUGGGAUGCCUCCAGCAGGAUUCUGCUUUUUAGGGCCCCUACUCACACCCUCCCCCAACAAAGAGGGAUGGAUGGCAAGAGCCCACAUCACCCGUUCCAGAAUCACUCCCCCUCCCUAGCCAGCAGUCCCGAACCUGCCCAAAGCACAGCCUCUCUUUCUGCAGUGACCUGAGGGCCCCAGUGGGAAAGAUGAUCCUCUGGCUUCCACCCCUUGUCCCUGUAGCCUACACAGUGUAGAAUAUUUAUUGGUUAAUUUUAUUAAAAUGUUUUAAAAAAAUACAA